UUAUAAUCACAUUACUUUAUUCAAAUUAUAUUAAUCAGUUUCAUUUAAGAUAAUCUGUAAGAAAAUAGGAAAAUAGUUACUAUCUUUAAUCACUCCUGAUCUGGAAAAAAGAAUCGACAAACUCUCCUAGUUUCAAUUUCCUCUGAUUCGCAUCAUUCGUGAGAGUAACAGAUCCAAUGAGUGCGAUUCGAUGGGCAUCAACAUUCAAACAUUUCACCACCUUCGCCAUAGUAAUCACAAUAGUUUUACUAUGGAGAUCGAAGACAGCUAACGGAUUAAGGUUCGUGAUCGAUAGAGAAGAAUGCUUCGCUCAUAACGUCGAUCAGGCAGAUACGUUCCAUGUCUCGUUCGUCGUCAUUAAAUCUGAUGCCGUAUGGGAUUACACUCAGGAUGGUGUUGAUUUCAACAUAACAGCACCACAUGGGAUACUCGUCCACGAAAUGAAAGACAAGAUAAGUGAGAAGUACGAAUUUGUGGUUUACUACACAGGGAUUUACCGCUUCUGUUUCACUAAUAAGUCUCCGUACCAUGAGACCAUCGAUUUCGACGUUCAUGUCUCCCACUAUACUUUCCACGACGAACAUGCCAGAAAUGAGCAUUUCUGGCCGUUGAUGGAGGAGAUGACGAAGUUGGAGGAGACACUCUACAAUAUCCAGUUCGAACAACACUGGCUCGAGGCUGAAACUGAACGCCAAUCAAGAGUAAACAACGACUUGAACCGAAGAGCAACACAUAAGGCGAUGUUUGAAUCAGUUGUACUUGUUGGAUCCAGUUGCCUCCAAUUCUAUCUCUUGCGGCGCUUGUUUGACAGGAAGUUCGGUAAAUUCAGGGUUGAGUAUUCCCCCUAUAGAUUGUAGUAUUUUACCUCUUCAAUAGCUUUGCUUAUUGUAGCAGCAGCAUACUUCAAUCCUUUUUUCAUUGUUAUAAGAGGAACGAUCUUGUCCGAUUUGAUAUAGACGUUAAACGUUGAUGCAGUUCGAUUUGAUCUAGUGUAAAAGUA